GCCAUGAUGAUUCCAAGCAGCCUGGGCACAUCUCUGAAGCAGAGCGAGAAUGGCACCAUGACACGCGUGCCGGGCAGCCCGUGGGUGCGCCCAUCCUGGCCCCUGGCAGGGACAUCCAUCGGCCGCCAGACGCCCCACUUUGGUAUGGGCACCUCUCCCUUCGGCAAGAGCGUGGACAUGGUGGACGUCUGCAAGCAGCUCAUGGACGGGCACGGCGCUGACACCUUCAACAUGGGCAGCCUGAGGAACGAGCUGAACAUGCAUACGCACUUUCCCAGCACCGGCAGUAUCGAGGAAGAGGAAGACGAGGAUGAGGACAUCAUGUUGAUGGGAACCACGCCCCAGCAAGCAACAAUGCAGCCAAGGCCUUUGAAUCCAGUUCCUCGCUUUGAGACAACCCCUGUGCCGGCCUUCCGCCAGCACACCUGGACGUCAGGACAGAUGAUAGCCCAUAAUUGAUCAAGUUCAGUGCCGCUGCAUUCAGGGGGCCUCUAAAGUUACUCCAAAAUCGCUAAGAAACUGAUGAUGUCCAUUUGUAAAUAAUACGGAAUGGAUGAGGACUUCAAUGGGGUUGCCGUCCGUUCUUUGCAGACAGAAUAAAGUAGUUGACAGAUUAUGCUGCGUAGAAGUGUUAGUGUGCUUUUCAUUUAGCUCUGUGCGCUUGAACUUGAAUCUAGACACUGAGGACACCAGUAGGGAUGCUUUGGGGGCGAUAACUGGCUGGUGCAUAUUAUGUACAGGGCGUUUCCAUGGCAAGCGAGACGCAUACUUAGGAUUUGAUUCGCACAUGGAAUAUCCACUGGUAGGUUGCGUUGGGUGUGGAGAAGUUAACAGGACGGGGAGAGCCGGGAUUUCAAGUUGUUCUAUUUAUUCUCUCAUCGACGAUGCCACUGGCAUCCCUGUCCGCACAGUAUUUCUGCAGCUGUUACGUGAUUGUGAUGCAUGCGUAGUAUGGAUUGUGGCUUGAUCAUGGACAGCUCUAGUGUAACGUACAAGUUUCUGGUG